GCUCGGGGGCCAGACGGGAGGCUGGGGAAUGGCCCGAGUAACCUUUCUCCUGUGCUCCGGGCCCACUUCCCUUCCCACGGGGUUUGCAGAAUCUUCCUGGGAAGGAGGAAGGUUAGAGAGGAGGGACCAAGGUCAGCAGGAAAGACAGAGCCUGAGAGAGCUACACCCUCCACUCACAGAGGGGCAGCCACGCAGAGCGUGGUGAGCGAGCGGGCAGGCAGGCCAGGGCCCCCGGGAGCCACGCCAGGCUGCGUGGGCAAAGGGGUACCACCAAAAGCCCCAGGUGGACUGCCAGCCCCUCCCUGCUCAGGCUUGGGUGGAGGCGGAGGUACUUUGUUCCCCAAGCUGGGCUGCUGCCCCUGCAGGUGGUCACAUUGCUGCUGCUGGUGGCCACAGGCUGGCACCAGGGCCCUGGACUUUAGAAGCCGUUGCUGCCCUCUCUGUCACCUGAAGCGGGGCCCUCUCCCAUCCCACCCUUGCCCCGCCUCCCUGCCCCCACCGGGCCGGCCCUGCCCGCCGCCGGACCCUGGCAUGUCAAGACCUGGUCCGCGCCUGCCUGCCCAGCCCGCGGAACCCCGGCGGCCCCGCGAGCUAGGAUGAGGGGCCAGGCCGCCGCCCCGGGCCCCGUCUGGAUCCUCGCCUCGCUGCUGCUGCUGCUGCUGCUGCUGGGACGCCGCGCGCGGGCGGCCGCCGGAGCAGACGCGGGGCCCGGGCCCGAGCCGUGCGCCACGCUGGUGCAGGGAAAGUUCUUCGGCUACUUCUCCGCGGCCGCCGUGUUCCCGGCCAACGCCUCGCGCUGCUCCUGGACGCUACGCAACCCGGACCCGCGGCGCUACACUCUCUACAUGAAGGUGGCCAAGGCGCCCGUGCCCUGCAGCGGCCCCGGCCGCGUGCGCACCUACCAGUUCGACUCCUUCCUCGAGUCCACGCGCACCUACCUGGGCGUGGAGAGCUUCGACGAGGUGCUGCGGCUCUGCGACCCCUCCGCACCCCUGGCCUUCCUGCAGGCCAGCAAGCAGUUCCUGCAGAUGCGGCGCCAGCAGCCGCCCCAGCACGACGGACUCCGGCCCCGGGCCGGGCCGCCGGGCCCCACCGACGACUUCUCCGUGGAGUACCUGGUGGUGGGGAACCGCAACCCCAGCCGUGCCGCCUGCCAGAUGCUGUGCCGCUGGCUGGACGCGUGUCUGGCCGGUAGCCGCAGCUCGCACCCCUGCGGGAUCAUGCAGACCCCCUGCGCCUGCCUGGGCGGAGAGGCGGGCGGCCCUGCCGCGGGACCCCUGCCCCCCCGCGGGGAUGUCUGCUUGAGAGAUGCGGUGGCUGGUGGCCCUGAAAACUGCCUCACCAGCCUGACCCAGGACCGGGGCGGGCACGGCGCCACAGGCGGCUGGAAGCUGUGGUCCCUGUGGGGCGAAUGCACGCGGGACUGCGGGGGAGGCCUCCAGACGCGGACGCGCACCUGCCUGCCCGCGCCGGGCGUGGAGGGCGGCGGCUGCGAGGGGGUGCUGGAGGAGGGUCGCCAGUGCAACCGCGAGGCCUGCGGCCCCGCUGGGCGUACCAGCUCCCGGAGCCAGUCCCUGCGGUCCACAGAUGCCCGGCGGCGUGAGGAGCUGGGGGACGAGCUGCAGCAGUUUGGGUUCCCAGCCCCCCAGACCGGUGACCCAGCAGCCGAGGAGUGGUCCCCGUGGAGCGUGUGCUCCAGCACCUGCGGCGAGGGCUGGCAGACCCGCACGCGCUUCUGCGUGUCCUCCUCCUACAGCACGCAGUGCAGCGGACCCCUGCGCGAGCAGCGGCUGUGCAACAACUCUGCCGUGUGCCCAGUGCAUGGUGCCUGGGAUGAGUGGUCGCCCUGGAGCCUCUGCUCCAGCACCUGUGGCCGUGGCUUUCGGGAUCGCACGCGCACCUGCAGGCCCCCCCAGUUUGGGGGCAACCCCUGUGAGGGCCCUGAGAAGCAAACCAAGUUCUGCAACAUUGCCCUGUGCCCUGUGGAUGGAAACUGGAACGAGUGGUCGAGCUGGAGCGCCUGCUCCGCCAGCUGCUCCCAGGGCCGACAGCAGCGCACGCGUGAAUGCAACGGGCCUUCCUACGGGGGUGCGGAGUGCCAGGGCCACUGGGUGGAGACCCGAGACUGCUUCCUGCAGCAGUGCCCAGUGGAUGGCAAGUGGCAGGCCUGGGCGUCAUGGGGCAGUUGCAGCGUCACGUGUGGGGCUGGCAGCCAGCGACGGGAGCGUGUCUGCUCUGGGCCCUUCUUCGGGGGAGCAGCCUGCCAGGGCCCCCAGGAUGAGUACCGGCAGUGCGGCACCCAGCGGUGUCCCGAGCCCCAUGAGAUCUGUGAUGAGGACAACUUCGGUGCUGUGAUCUGGAAGGAGACCCCAGCGGGAGAGGUGGCUGCCGUCCGGUGUCCCCGCAACGCCACAGGACUCAUCCUGCGACGGUGUGAGCUGGACGAGGAAGGCAUCGCCUACUGGGAGCCCCCCACCUACAUCCGCUGUGUUUCCAUUGACUACAGAAACAUCCAGAUGAUGACCCGGGAGCACCUGGCCAAGGCUCAGCGAGGGCUGCCUGGGGAGGGGGUCUCGGAGGUCAUCCAGACACUGGUGGAGAUCUCUCAGGACGGGACCAGCUACAGUGGGGACCUGCUGUCCACCAUCGAUGUCCUGAGGAACAUGACAGAGAUUUUCCGGAGAGCGUACUACAGCCCCACCCCUGGGGACGUACAGAACUUUGUCCAGAUCCUUAGCAACCUGUUGGCAGAGGAGAAUCGGGACAAGUGGGAGGAGGCCCAGCUGGCGGGCCCCAACGCCAAGGAGCUGUUCCGGCUGGUGGAGGACUUUGUGGACGUCAUCGGCUUCCGCAUGAAGGACCUGAGGGACGCAUACCAGGUGACAGACAACCUGGUCCUCAGCAUCCAUAAGCUCCCAGCCAGCGGAGCCACUGACAUCAGCUUCCCCAUGAAGGGCUGGCGGGCCACGGGUGACUGGGCCAAGGUGCCGGAGGACAGGGUCACUGUGUCCAAGAGUGUCUUCUCCACGGGGCUGGCAGAGGCCGAUGAAGCAUCCGUGUUUGUGGUGGGCACCGUGCUCUACAGGAACCUGGGCAGCUUCCUGGCCCUGCAGAGGAACACGACCGUCCUGAAUUCCAAGGUGAUCUCCGUGACUGUGAAACCCCCGCCUCGCUCCCUGCGCACACCCUUGGAGAUCGAGUUUGCCCACAUGUAUAAUGGCACCACCAACCAGACCUGUAUCCUGUGGGAUGAGACAGAUGUACCCUCCUCCUCCGCCCCCCCGCAGCUCGGGCCCUGGUCGUGGCGCGGCUGCCGCACGGUGCCCCUCGACGCCCUCCGGACGCGCUGCCUCUGUGACCGGCUCUCCACCUUCGCCAUCUUAGCCCAGCUCAGCGCCGACGCGAACAUGGAGAAGGCGACUCUGCCGUCGGUGACGCUCAUCGUGGGCUGUGGCGUGUCCUCUCUCACCCUGCUCAUGCUGGUCAUCAUCUACGUGUCCGUGUGGAGGUACAUUCGCUCAGAGCGUUCUGUCAUCCUCAUCAACUUCUGCCUGUCCAUCAUCUCCUCCAAUGCCCUCAUCCUCAUCGGGCAGACCCAGACCCGCAACAAGGUGGUGUGCACGCUGGUGGCCGCCUUCCUGCACUUCUUCUUCCUGUCCUCCUUCUGCUGGGUGCUCACCGAGGCCUGGCAGUCCUACAUGGCCGUGACGGGCCACCUCCGGAACCGCCUCAUCCGCAAGCGCUUCCUCUGCCUGGGCUGGGGGCUCCCUGCACUGGUUGUGGCCAUUUCCGUGGGAUUCACCAAGGCCAAAGGGUACAGCACCAUGAACUACUGCUGGCUCUCCCUGGAGGGGGGACUGCUCUAUGCCUUCGUGGGACCUGCCGCUGCCGUUGUGCUGGUGAACAUGGUCAUUGGGAUCCUGGUGUUCAACAAGCUCGUGUCCAAAGACGGCAUCACGGACAAGAAGCUGAAGGAGCGGGCAGGUCAGCCGCCCCCGCACCCCCUUGGGCGCGCCCUCAAGUGUGCCGAGUGUGGAGUCCUCUCUGCCGCCGAUGCCACCUCCGACGCCACCAGUAACGCCAUGGCCUCCCUGUGGAGCUCCUGCGUGGUGCUGCCGCUGCUGGCGCUGACCUGGAUGUCGGCUGUGCUCGCCGUCACCGACCGCCGCUCCGCCCUCUUCCAGAUCCUCUUCGCUGUCUUCGACUCGCUGGAGGGCUUCGUCAUCGUCAUGGUGCACUGUAUCCUCCGUAGAGAGGUCCAGGACGCUGUGAAAUGCCGUGUGGUUGACCGGCAGGAGGAGGGCAACGGGGACUCAGGGGGCUCCUUCCAGAACGGCCACGCCCAGCUCAUGACCGACUUCGAGAAGGACGUGGAUCUGGCCUGUAGAUCAGGUGAGCGCCCGACAGUGCUGAACAAGGACAUCGCGGCCUGCCGCACUGCCACCAUCACGGGCACACUGAAGCGGCCGUCUCUGCCCGAGGAGGAGAAGCUGAAGCUGGCCCAUGCCAAGGGGCCGCCCACCAAUUUCAACAGCCUGCCGGCCAACGUGUCCAAGCUGCACCUGCACGGCUCACCCCGCUACCCCGGCGGGCCCCUGCCCGACUUCCCCAACCACUCACUGACCCUCAAGAGGGACAAGGCACCCAAGUCCUCCUUCGUCGGUGACGGGGACAUCUUCAAGAAGCUGGACUCGGAGCUGAGCCGGGCCCAGGAGAAGGCUCUGGACACGAGCUACGUGAUCCUGCCCACGGCCACGGCCACGCUGCGGCCCAAGCCCAAGGAGGAGCCCAAGUACAGCAUCCACAUUGACCAGAUGCCGCAGACCCGCCUCAUCCACCUCAGCACGGCCCCCGAGGCCAGCCUCCCCGCCCGCAGCCCGCCCUCCCGCCAGCCCCCCAGCAGCGGGCCCCCCGAGGCACCCCCUGCCCAGCCCCCACCGCCUCCGCCCCCACCGCCACCACCUCCCCAGCAGCCCCUGCCCCCACCGCCCAAUCUGGAGCCGGCACCCCCCAGCCUGGGGGAUCCCGGGGAGCCUGCCGCCCAUCCGGGACCCAGCACGGGGCCCAGCACCAAGAACGAGAAUGUCGCCACCUUGUCUGUGAGCUCCCUGGAGCGGCGGAAGUCGCGGUAUGCAGAACUGGACUUUGAGGUGAGUUCUGGUGUCCCCCACCACCAGACAGUUAGGGCCAGAUGUGCUCUGGGCUCCCACACGGCCAGGCAGCUCCCCGGCAGCCAGGGGACGGGCGGGGCAGGCAGGAUGGGCCAUGCCCUCCUCCUGGCCCAGGACUCACUGCCCAGACCCCGCCUGCAGAAGAUCAUGCACACCCGGAAGCGGCACCAAGACAUGUUCCAGGACCUGAACCGGAAGCUGCAGCACGCAGCGGAGAAGGACAAGGAGGUGCUGGGGCCGGACAGCAAGCAGCCGGAAAAGCAGCAGACGCCCAACAAGAGGCCCUGGGAGAGCCUCCGGAAAGCCCACGGGACGCCCACGUGGGUGAAGAAGGAGCUGGAGCCGCUGCAGCCGUCGCCGCUGGAGCUUCGCAGCGUGGAGUGGGAGAGGUCGGGCGCCACGAUCCCGCUGGUGGGCCAGGACAUCAUCGACCUCCAGACCGAGGUCUGAGCGGGUGGGCGGCGGCCACGCACUGGGCCAUGGAGGAGGGAUGCUGCUCCGCCCGCUCCUGCCGCAGACGGGCACAGACACGCUCGCGGGCGGCGGGCCAGGCCCGCACCCCGGCCUCAGGGCGCUCAGACGGCGGCCAGGCACAGGGCCCGCAGUGCUGGGACCAGAGCCAGAUGCAGGACAGGAGGCGGCCCGGCCAGCGGGCACAGGGCACCAGAGGCCGAAGGUGCCUCAGACUCUGCCCUCCUCGGGCCGAGGCCCAGCGGGCAGAUGGGCGGACGGCUGUGGACCGUGGACAGGCCCAGCGUGGCCAGCGUCCCAGGGUACCCGCCUGAGCUCCUGCUGCGGAGGAGCUGCCUGCUUGGCCCGGCCGGCCUGGCACCGUUUUUUAAACACCCCCAUCCCUCGGGAAGCAGCCAGCUCCCCACACCUUCCAGGGCCCUAGGCCCCUCCUAGACCCAGGUGGAGAGCACAGCCCUCCGACCCUCGUGGCCCCCAGGGGCAGGACUGAGUCCCCUCCAGGAAGAAGCAGGGGGGAAUCUAUUUUUUCUCUCCUUUUCUUUUCUUCAAUAAAAAGAAUUAAAAACCCA